ACUUUCCAUCCAUUUCUUCUUUCUAAGUGUUCCACUGGCCUGCUUUCUUGCACCCCAGCCGCCGUUGUCUCCGCUGUCUCCUCAGAGCUGAAGACUGUGACCUUGUUUCCUGAUUAGAUGCUGCUCCCACUCCCUGCCUCCUAUCACAAAUACGACAUUGAUGGAUGGCUAUUAAUAAAUCAAACGAGUAAGGAUCGUCACAUCUCAUGCGGACAUGGCUCCGCCUUUUACGCACGCUCUCCCCGCCCAGCUCAUUCCUCAUGCAGGCAGGCAGCGGCUGCUGCGCUUCCAAGUGCGCCCGUCGAGAUCAGAGAGCCGAAGAAGUCCGGGCUGAGCGCACGCACCGGACCAGUUCUUCUCUACUCUUGGAUUCUACGAUCUUUCCACGCGUCAAUAGAAACGAGCCUGUCUUACAUGUGUUUGGACUUGUGUUUCUUUCAAGGAUCUGUAUUUAAAGUUGGAUACGUGAAGAUGCUUCCUACCAAGUAGCGCACCGGGACGGGGCGUCUUUUUUUCUGUCCUCCGGGAAAUUUAAGGACUCGUCAGCUGUCUUCCUGUCUGCUUGGAUUACAUUUACACAACAUCGCGUCUGGAAGGGGGGAAACUAUUACGCACAUCACCCCCCCGCAAGCGCCGGCUUUAUCUCCAAUGAAAUAUCUCCCUUCGGGAACAGCGGAUCGAGUUAGUGAGCGGAUCGAACUUAGCGAGACCACCGAGCCGAAGAAGUCUCGCCCCGGCACCGCGGUCUCACUCCUGGCCCCUCUGGACCCUCUUCGGCAGGCGAAGCGGCUUCCCAUCCGACUGAUCAAGAUGUUGACAGCGCACACUGGACACUUGCUCCACCCGGAAUAUUUACAGCCUCUAACGUCCGCACCAGUGAGCAUCGAGCUGGAUGCUAAGAAGAGUCCACUUGCCCUGCUUGCUCAGACCUGCUCUCAGAUUGGUAAACCGGACCCUCCUUCCUCCUCCAAGCUUGGCUCCUCCUGCAGCCCGGGGGACAAGGAGCCCAGCGGUCGGUCGUCAGCCUCCAGCCUGAAGAUGGGGGAGCACCGCACUUCUCUUGAGGACAAAUCCAGCUUUAAACCGUACAACAAAAGCAGCGUUGACCCUCGCAGGGAUGGCGUUACCAGCAGCUCCGGCGGUGAUAAAGUUGGAUUCAGGGUACCAAGCAGCAGCGCCCUAACUACUAAUGGAAAUUCAACCAGUGGCCAGCAGUCGUACCCAUCCCAUGCUUCUUCACCUGGCUCCAGAGGGGGGAGCACCCCUCCGGGACAGGCUCAGCAGCAGCAUCACAAACAGAGCCAGUCUCCUGGUGGACAGCCCGUUUCACAGUCCCAAGCUCUCAGCGCUGAGCCUGGACGUGAACAGAGCAGUCCCACCAGCACUUCCAGUAAUAAUAAUAAUAGUAAUCCAAAAAAAGACGCUGAUGUAAACAAGGCCAGCUCAGACAGUCCGCACCACGCCAACUCCAGUUACGUCCGGGCGAGCACGAACUGCAGCAACAGCAGCUCUGAUGGGGGUUCCAACCAGGACGGCGGUAGAGCCGAAACCACCCAGCCUAACCUCGGCCAUGGACAUAUUACGCCCAUCUCUCCUUAUAAAAACAACCAGCCACUCUUCCCUCUGCCUUCUUCUAAUAUGGGCUAUCACGGAUCUGUCAUGGGGGGGUACGCUGGCUACCCAUCCCAGUUCAUUCCAGGGCUGGACCCGUCCAAAUCAAGCCUCAGCAUGGGAGGAAAACACACAAGUUCCAGCCCUCUGACAGGCGCCUCCCCUCCCUCCUUCAUGCAGAGCCUUUGCAGAGACCCUUACUGCCUAAGUUACCCCGGCGUGUCUCAUCUCGGCAGCAGCAACUGCAACUCCUGCAUACAUGACCCUUCCUCCACCCUAAAAUCGAGCUUUCCUAUGGUUUACCCCUCCCACCCGCUUCACUCCCUCCACCAAAGCUCCUUGUCAUCCAGCGUGUCCCCCUCGCUGUCGCAUCCACUUUAUACAUAUGGCUUUAUGCUCCCCAACGACCCGCUUCCCCAUGCCUGCAACUGGGUGUCGGCUGGAGGGCCGUGUGACAAGCGUUUCGCCACCUCAGACGAACUAUUGGCUCACCUUCGCACCCACACAGCUCUGCCUGUGGGGAUGGACAGUAAGCUUCUCUCCGUUUCCUCGUCUGGACCAGCAUCCUGCCACUUGCAUCUCCCACACCAGAGCAACCCAGGCUCCCUCCCCAGCUCUCUGUCGCUAAGAGCUCCCCCCAGCCUGGGUUUAGCUCGCUAUCACCCCUACAGUAAGGUUCAUCUCCCCUCUGGGCCUUCCUCCAUUUCACUGCACUCUCUGCCCACCACAGGCCCGUACUAUCCUCAUUACACGCUCUACAGUCAAAGACUUGGAUCGGCGUCAGCUCUUGGAUACCAGUAGAACACGGCGUACUUACACGUUUCUUGGAAUUGUUUGACCUUUUGGGAAUCAUUCAUGUUUGCUUUCUUGCAGAGAGCUUGGUGAGAGGCUUAACACGGCUCCCAUGCACCUCUUAAAUGUGAACCUUUUGGCCUACUAGCUUAGCCUAGCACAACAGUUGGAAAAGUUGACACAAAGGCUGUCCUGGCUUCAGCUACCACCAUUUCUACAGCUUGUGUUAAAUGUUGUUUGACAGGGCCGAACUUUGAAGCAGGAAUUUUUUAAUUUGCUCAAAAAUUUGGCGAGCAGUUCUGAAGCAGCUGGCGGAUGCUCCAACCAACACGUAACUUGCCUUGUGAAAUGUCUAAUUUCUGUUUAUUUCACCAAUUCUGUUCUCAUGGAAAACCUGUUUAAUGUGUUCAGCAGCUCUAAGCUGUUUUGAAGGUGUUAAAUUGUUGCCUCUUUACAUAGACAGGCCAACUGUUUGCUCCUGUUUGAGCUAAGCUAACAGGUGUCAAGCUUUACGAUUGGCGGGAAAACAACAACACCUCGCUCUGCCAGAAAGUUAAUUGCUACAUUCCCCAGAAUGUUCUAUUGUUACUUUAAAAUUCAUUGUGGCAACUUGCUGCUUCUUGGAGCAAAUUGGAGACCUUUUUUUUUUUUUUUUUUUUUUCACCAACACUUAAAAGCAUCCCCACUCUUUGUUUGAUGUCUUACCCACAAGAUUUCCAAUAAGACUUCCUUUCCAAAUUCAGGGGCCUUGUAGAUCUUCAGUUUCUGCACAUUAGCAAGAUCACUUGGCCGCCCUGAGAUCUACCGCCCUGUGCUAUUCUGGAAAUUGAUGGUCGUGCAUAAAAGCGCUUAACCAUCGAGCGUUGUUCCAGCGAACGGUGAUGAUUUUGUAAAGAAAAAAAUCUAGUGUGUGAGAGAUGGCUGUUGGCUGCGCCCUCUGGCCUCGGUUGCCUUCUCCCUGCAUGAGAUGCAUGAAAGAUCGAAACAGCAUACAUAUUUAACUGGCCCAAUGUUUGUGAUGAUUUGCUUCGAUUCUUCAUGCUUCUUCCUGCUGAUGAGGCGUAUUUAUUUCCAACAGGACCCCUGGCUUUAAUACUUUCUACAUAUUCUCGUUUUACAGUAAUGUGAGCAGACGUUUUGGAAACCCGAACAGGUGUUAAAACUGUGUCUUAACACUUUGUAUUGAAUGAAUGUUAAAGUCACAUCUUGUUCACUGUUUUUUUUUUUUUUUUUUGAUUUUCUUUUUUUCUUUUUGGUUUUGUUUUGUUUUUCAUCUCCACAACAAAAUGAAUAAAACUGAGAUGUGAUAUUUUUUGUAAUAUUGAAACACCCUGUGGGGAAUUGCAGUGAGAUGGGAGCUCAUAUUUUGGUAAAUAAAUCACACUGAAGACGUGUA